UGUUGUUAUCGAUAACCAAACCAGCGUUGUUGUCCAAUCAGAAAAAGUGUAGGCGUAGAGGAAAAACAAAAAUUAAACUUUAAAUAUCAAUGUUGAGGCCAAGACGAAGAUAACAAUUCCCACGAGCAAGAAGAAGACGAGCCAGAAAAGACCUAGCGGAUUAAAAACAUAAUAAUAUAUAGAUAAAAGCUAUAUAACGACAAGAUGGCGAGGAAAAUGGCAAAGUUCUACAAGCUGGAUAUAAAUCGUACCGAGUGGGAAAUUCCGGAGACGUACCAGAACCUUCAGCCAGUGGGACAAGGAGCCUAUGGACAGGUUUGCAAAGCGGUAGUCCGCGGAACCAGCACGAAGGUAGCCAUUAAGAAGCUAGCCAGGCCCUUCCAGUCGGCGGUGCAUGCGAAGCGAACCUAUCGGGAACUCCGGCUGCUUAAGCACAUGGACCACGAGAAUGUCAUCGGUCUGCUGGAUGUCUUCCAUCCCGGACAGCCUGCUGACUCGCUGGAACAAUUUCAGCAGGUGUACAUGGUAACCCACCUCAUGGACGCCGAUCUGAAUAACAUCAUACGUACUCAGAAGCUGUCUGAUGACCACGUCCAAUUCCUGGUCUACCAGAUCCUGCGCGGACUAAAGUACAUCCACAGCGCCGGGGUGAUCCAUCGCGAUCUGAAGCCCUCUAAUAUCGCGGUAAACGAGGACUGCGAGCUGCGCAUCCUGGACUUUGGUCUUGCUCGUCCUGCGGAGAGCGAGAUGACCGGUUACGUAGCCACGAGAUGGUAUCGUGCUCCUGAAAUCAUGCUCAACUGGAUGCACUACAACCAGACGGUGGACAUCUGGUCGGUAGGCUGCAUCAUGGCGGAGUUGUUAACUGGACGGACGCUCUUCCCGGGGACCGACCACAUUCACCAACUAAACCUGAUCAUGGAGGUGCUUGGCACGCCGGCCGAUGAGUUUAUGAGUCGUAUUUCCUCGGAGAGUGCCAGAAACUAUAUUCGCUCGCUACCGGUGAUGCCGCGUCGCAGCUUCAAGGACAUUUUCCGCGGUGCCAAUCCGCUGGCUAUUGAUCUGCUGGAGAAGAUGCUCGAGCUAGACGCUGACAAGCGAAUCACCGCCGAGCAGGCGCUGGCCCACCCGUACAUGGAGAAGUACCACGACCCGACCGACGAGCAGACCGCAGCACUUUAUGACCAAAGCUUUGAGGAGAACGAGCUGCCGGUGGAGAAGUGGCGGGAGAUGGUAUUCAGCGAGGUGUUGGCCUUCAAGCCCACCCCAGCCUUUGCCGAGCUCCUGCCGAAAGAGCAGUAAUCAUCCCGGCCACCCCUGUCCCUGUUCGUUCAAUGAUGCUAUAUACAUUUAGAUCAGUCUUUUUUUGCACCUAGUUCAAGCGGAAGUGCUUAGUCGUGAUUUCUUUAUUCGUGGAGUGUAAACAAUCGGCAAUAUUUAUUCAAGAGCGAUCUAUAUUUAGAAAACGCUUCAGUGGCAGGCUUUAAACAAUUAUUUUUUUUUACCACAGAAGAGCACGUAAUCGUUAGAUAUUACGUUACGUAUUUUCGACUUCUCGGUUCGCUUUCUUCGGAUACAGAAAUUACGGUUGAACUAUGUAUAUGCAUAUAAUGUAGCGAUUUCGGAAUAUUUUUUCCAAAAAUCAAAGUCACAGCCUUAAUGUCCAGUUCAACUUUAGAUUUGGUGUCGGUUUUAACACGCAGUUUUUGUGAAUAAUCCUGUAAAUGUGAGUGUACAUGUACAUCUUAGUUCGUAAGCGAACGCGUCUCGCGGCCAGUAACUAUAAAAAAGAGCACUACUGUCUACGUUGAAUCAAAAUAAAUGUGCUAUGUAUUUUAAAA